CUCACCGAUAGACAAGUAUAAAAAGACGCCGUCUGCGCACUCAUCAGAGCUAUCGACAGCGCGGUCAAUCCUCGUCAGUCCAUAUAUCUUCGCAUCCUCCAAGCAUCCAUUCAAACAUUCAAACGCUCACAAUGGCCACCAAGGCCGUCGUCCUCCUCGCUUCACUGCUAGCCGUCGGUCCCGCCGCGGCAGCAGGUUUCACAGGCUGCAAGUCGCUCGACUACGAUGCCUUCUAUGCCGCCAAGCCCGCCGACGAGUUCCCCGUCGUCGGCCCCCAGGGCCUCUACCUCACGAACGCAGACGGCAGCUGCGUCGUCCUCGACGUGCUGCAAGCCGGUUUCGCCGAUGCGUAUCCAGAACUGUACGACGCAUACACCGGCGCCCUCAAGAUCAUCACUGCCGAAGCGGCCGAGCUGGGCGUUCCGCCUUUCAAGAGAGAUGCGCCUGGUCGUCGCGCAGCGGCGGCGACGUGCGGCGAGCAUUGUUCAGGGAGCUGGGCUACUUGUGAUGGGGGAUGUUCCUGCCAGUAUGACUUCACGUGGUGCGCGGGCGGGGGCCCUGGUGGUUGUGUUGCCUGGUACAAGUGCAAGUAGUAGCCAGACUGAAGGCGGAAAAAAAGUGGAUGGUUUGAAUUUCUGCGUCUCUCAUUAGCCGUUUGUACUCAGCACUCGAAAUUGGAAAUCAUUAUCAUGUGCAAUAUGCAGUUAGCCAGACACGGCAUGUCCACCUCACCAACGCAGUAUCCUAAGC